CAUAGUAUUUCAGUUCGUUAUAAAAUCAUAUCGCAGGAUGGAGAAUGAAGACAUCGCAACUAAGCCCGUCACCAGACCCACAUCAACGCCACCAUCAACUGAAACAAUAGUACACACAAAUGGCGUAGAAGCAAAAGACAUAUCGCCAACAAGAUCCCCAAAACUUCAAGGCUAUGAAUUUUACCGCAAAGUCCUUGGAUCCCCUCAGUUUGUUGUGGUGCCAAUGGUGGAUCAAAGUGAAUUGGCUUGGCGUAUGCUUUGUCGCAAGUACGGUGCCCAACUAUGCUAUUCACCAAUGUUUCACAGCAAUUUGUUUGCCAAAGAUCUGAAGUAUCGCAAGGAUGCACUACAAACAUGCCCCGAAGAUCGGCCAUUAAUUAUACAGUUCUGCGGUAACGACGCAGAAACGCUGCUGGAUGCUGCACUCUUAGCACAAGAACACUGCGAUGCGGUUGACAUAAACUUGGGAUGCCCGCAAGCAAUAGCAAAGCGUGGACACUAUGGUGCAUUUCUGCAGGACGAUUGGGAGCUAAUUACUGAAAUUGUCAACACAUUGCAUAAGAGGCUCUCUGUGCCAGUCACAUGCAAAAUUCGUGUGUUCGAAGACCGCAAACGAACUAUCGAGUACGCAAAAAUGCUCGAGGCCUCAGGUUGCCAACUGCUUACUGUACAUGGACGAACACGAGAGCAAAAGGGGCCGCUAACUGGGAUCGCUGAUUGGACUUAUAUAAAAGAAGUGAGGUAUUGCAUGUUUAACUCAAAACUUUACAAUACAUAUAGUAAAAAUUAUGCGUUUUUUUAUUGUGGGGCGCACAGUGUCAGAUUUGGCCAAUCCAGCAGCAGAUUAAGUCUGUACUUUUGCUCGCCCGCGGACGCCCGCGGGUGCCCGAAAAUGCUGUUGAGAGCCACUUUGAGAAAGUAUUUUUUGCUUCUCAUUAGCCCUAAGUUUGUGAAAACUGUCAAACUUCCAGAAGAGAAGGAAGAAAUUUAAAAAUUCAAAUUUUAA